AUUAUUGUUGCUGCAGUCCCCGAUGCACUCACAUUUUCAUCCGCAAGUCAUUUUCCCAAUUGUUACACUCCAAUAAUUUACAGUUUUACAGCACCCGAAAAGUCCAAAAUUCAUUUAACUGUCUCUUUGCUGACGAUUCAUGCUCUGCCCGUGAAUAGUGUUUUACAGCUUUGAGUCCGCUCCACCUAUUUAUAUACACAUCUUCUAGCAAUAAAUCAAAAAUAUAAUCGACGCAUAAUUCAUACGAGGCUCAUUGUUGUACGAACUAGUACUGGGCGUCACUGACCUGUUGCAGGCGUCUCCAUUUAUCAGUAACAUACCGAUUGAUUUCUCAUCCCAAUAGGAAAUAUCGCCAUAGAAAGGAUUAUUGAUCCUCUAGUUCUGCAUUCAGUCACUUCGUUUGAUUGAAAAUCAAAUACUGGAAGAAUGUCUCUGCUUUCUGUCGAUGUGUCUCAAAAUGGUGACAUAAAAAAUGUGGAUUCUUCGAGUAGUGUGUUUGAAAUGGAAGAAUUUGAUUUUUCGAGGUUACCUGAUCGACCUCGAACUUUGAAUAUGGAAAGACAACGAUCUUUCGAUGAAAGGUCUCUUGUUGAUAUUCCAAUGGGGUUGUCUCCGCAUCCCCCUUCUAGAGCUGAUAACUUCAAUCGAGUUCUCGACCAUUUAGAUAGUAUAUUUUCGCCCAGUAGAAGAUCCGGGCUCAAUACUCCUAGGUCGCACUUUGGUUAUGAGCCACACCCCAUGACUGCUGAGGCUUGGGAAACUUUGAGACGUUCUUUAGUGUACUUUCGUGGUCGACCUGUUGGGACAAUUGCCGCUUUGGAUAACUCUGAAGAAAAACUCAACUAUGAUCAGGUGUUUGUCAGGGACUUUGUUCCAAGCGCACUGGCUUUUCUGAUGAAUGGGGAACCUGAAAUUGUUAAAAACUUUAUCCUGAAGACUCUUCGUCUUCAAUCAUGGGAGAAAAAGAUCGACCGAUUCCAACUGGGAGAAGGUGUUAUGCCAGCGAGUUUUAAAGUAUUACAUGAUCCUGUAAGGAAUACUGAAACAUUGAUUGCAGAUUUUGGCGAGAGUGCCAUUGGGAGAGUGGCUCCAGUAGAUUCGGGCUUCUGGUGGAUCAUACUACUUCGUGCGUACACGAAGUCCACUGGCGACUCGUCUUUGGCUGAGAUGCCUGAAUGCCAAAAGGGUAUGCGCCUGAUACUCAGUUUAUGCCUCUCAGAAGGAUUCAACACAUUCCCAACACUUCUUUGUGCUGAUGGAUGCUGUAUGAUUGAUCGUAGAAUGGGUGUUUAUGGAUACCCGAUUGAGAUACAAGCACUCUUCUUCAUGGCUUUGAGAUGCGCCUUGGUUUUACUUAAGCAAGAUGCUCAAGGAAAGGAUUUUAUAGAACGGGUUAUGAAACGUCUACAUGCCUUGAGCUACCACAUGAGAAAUUACUUUUGGCUGGAUUUGAAGCAGCUAAAUGAUAUAUAUCGAUAUAAAACAGAGGAAUAUUCACACACGGCAGUCAACAAGUUCAAUGUCAUGCCUGAUUCUCUGCCAGAGUGGGUUUUUGAUUUUAUGCCAAUGCACGGAGGCUACUUCAUUGGAAAUGUCGGCCCUUCAAAAAUGGAUUUCCGUUGGUUUUGCUUAGGCAAUUGCAUUGCGAUACUUUCAUCCUUAGCAACACCUGAACAAGCAACAGCCAUUAUGGAUCUUAUUGAAUCACGUUGGGAGGAGUUGGUUGGAGACAUGCCUCUAAAAGUUUGUUAUCCAGCCAUAGAGAACCAUGAAUGGAGGAUUGUAACGGGAUGUGAUCCAAAAAAUACUAGAUGGAGCUACCACAAUGGAGGAUCAUGGCCAGUGCUUCUAUGGCUUCUCACAGCAGCUUGUAUCAAGACAGGGCGCCCCCAGAUUGCUAGACGAGCCAUUGAACUUGCUGAAGCUAGGUUAUCAAAAGACGGCUGGCCAGAAUAUUAUGACGGAAAACUUGGUCGGUAUAUUGGGAAGCAAGCUCGGAGAUACCAAACCUGGUCGAUUUCUGGCUAUUUGGUGGCGAAAAUGAUGCUCGAAGACCCUUCCCAUUUGGGUAUGGUUGCACACGAGGAAGACAAACAACUGAAACCCGUCUUGAAGAGAUCAUCCUCGUGGACCUUCUGAUCCUAAAUUGCCAAUCUUCUAUCCGUCCAGAACAAAUUGCUUAAUAUUUUUCAAGAGGAACAGAAAUGAGACUUUAGUUUUAGGCUUGAGUUAGGAGCCCUUGAAGCAAGUUUUAGCAUGUAAGAGUAUUUUGUACGUCUUUUAGUAAACUAAUGUCAUUCUUUUUGUCUUU